AUGGCCGCGCGUCAGGGUGGGGGAAGGUCACGUGGUUGGGGGCGCCGCCCGAUCCAUGGGGUGGGGGAAGGGGAUGCCAUGGAACGGCGACGCGGCGAGCUGAGGGCGACGAUGGGGGCGGGCCGGAUGCAGACGACUGUGGCCGGCCGCACGUGGAGCGAGGGCGCGAGCGAGGAUAAGGGCGCCCGCGCGAUGGCGAUGAUGGCCGCGCGAGAUCGGUGGUCUAACGUUUUUGGGGGUGGGUUCAGUUCUUCAAGUCUGCAGGACUGGUUCAUCGAGACACAGCUUUCUUCACCAACGAUAGCUAUGCUGCCGAUGAAUGUUGACGCGGCCGUAUCAAGCUCUUCACAGCAGGCUGCUCUAGCAGCCACCACGGAUAAGCGCAACAAGCCUCGGUACCAUCCAUUUACUCAGCAGCAGCUUCCAGCAUGCCAUUGUAUACUUAAACCUCCGACUGCGAUUGCUGCAAUUGCGUUGGUGGGCAUAAUUUUUAUUCCGAUAGGUCUUGCCUGCAUGGCAGCCUCAAACAAGGUUGUUGAAGUGGAUCAAUAUGAAACCGCAUGCAUACCGGAGAAGAUGCGUGGCAACAAAGUUGCUUAUAUCCAGAAUCCUUCGACAGAAAAGUCCUGCCCAAGGUUGCUCAAGGUUCAUGCGCAUAUGAAGGCGCCAAUUUACGUAUAUUAUAAACUCGACAAAUUCUACCAGAACCAUAGGAGGCAGGGCAUCGCGUGGAGGAGUGACAGAGGCCACCUGUUCGGUGACCGUGUGUACCCAAGAAACUUCCAGACCGGCUCUCUGGUUGGCGGCGGGAAGCUUGAUCCGAACAAAUCUCUGAGUGAGCAGAAGGAUCUGAUGGUGUGGAUGCGAACGGCGGCGCUGCCGGCGUUCCGGAAUCUGUACGGGAGGGUCGAGGUGGACCUCUACGCCGGCGAUGAGGUAGCAGUGAUGGUGCAGAACAACUACAACACGUACAGCUUCGGCGGGAAGAAGGCGCUGGUGCUGUCCACCACCGGCGUGCUGGGCGGCAGGAGCAGCUUCCUCGGCCGCGCGUACCUGGCCGGCAGCAUAGCCUGCCUCGCCCUGGCGCUGCUUCUCACGCUGCUCUUUCUCCUCCCGGUGCGAGCGCCCGCGUCGUAG